AUGGAAGAGAAAAAGAAUUUCUCUGGAACUUCACUUCUUGUGCCAUCAGUUCAAGAGUUGGCCAAGAACACUACUUCAGAAAUUCCACAAAGAUAUAUUCAAUCUCAACUUGAAGAAUUGGUCAUCAAUGAAACUGAUAAUGUCCUUGAAAUUCCAGUUAUCGAUAUGAACAAAUUGCUUUCUUUAGAAUUUGGGAGUGAAGAAUUGGCUAACCUUCACCUUGCUUGCAAAGAUUGGGGAUUCUUCCAAUUGGUAAAUCAUGGUGUUAGUUCUUCUUUAAUGGAGAAAAUAAAGUUGGAGAUUCAAGAUUUUUUCAACCUUCCAUUGUCUGAAAAGAAAAAGUUUUGGCAAACUGAACAACAUAUGGAGGGAUUUGGACAAGCAUUUGUUUUGAGUGAUGAACAAAAGCUUGAUUGGGCUGAUAUGUUUUAUAUGACAACACUUCCUAAGCAUUCUAGAAUGCCUCACUUAUUUCCACAACUUCCUCUUCCUAUCAGAGAUACUUUUGAACAUUACUCCAUUGAAAUGCAAAAAUUAUCCAUAAUUAUUGUUGAAUAUAUGGAAAAGGCUUUGAAAGUUGAUGAAAAAGAAAUGAGUAUAAUGUUUGAAGAUGGGAUACAAUUGAUGAGAAUAAACUAUUAUCCUCCGUGUCCUCAAUCAGAAAAGGUCAUAGGUAUAGCACCACAUUCAGAUGGGUCAGGACUCACAAUUCUCUUACAACUCAAUGAGGUAGAAGGGCUUCAAGUAAAAAAAUAUGGUAAGUGGAUCCCAGUUAAGCCCUUGCCAAAUGCCUUCAUUAUCAAUAUUGGGGACAUUCUUGAGAUUAUAACUAAUGGGAUAUACCAAAGUAUUGAACAUCGAGCAACGGUAAACACUGCAAAAGAAAGGCUGUCAAUUGCAACAUUCUGUACAACAAAAUACAAUGGAGAGAUAGGUCCUGCAACAAGCUUCGUCACCGAAGAAACACCAGCACGCUUCAAAAGAAUUGGAUUAGAAGAACACUUAAAGAAUAUGUUUGCCAGUAAACUUGAUGGCAAGUCUUGCCUAGAUGCCAUGAGGAUAUAG